CCUAGGCCCUUCUCACUGCUGCUUGUUUAAAGGAAGAGUAAAAAGAAAAAAAAAAAAGGAGGAGGAUUGUGACCACAAAAAAAGGGCAUGUCAGCGUGGCUUGUUAGCUACUCAGGAGGGAAUUGCUUUAGACUGCAGGCAGCGUAUCAGGAGUUUGCUUUACAUUGUGGGAACACCUAGUUCCUGUCUCAGCCCGACUGUGAUGAGUAUUUAAAAGCAGUCCGGUUUUCCUUCUACUGACUCGCACUGAGUGUGUGUGUGAGUGUGUGUGUGUGUGUGUGUGUGUGAGUGUGUGUGCGCGUGUGUGUGAGUUCUUAUAUUACCAUGGCCAAACGGAAGGCUCAGGAUCUCAGCAGUACACAACAAAGCACGGACCAGAAUGAAGGAAAAGUUGAGUUAAAGAAGAAGGUGACACUGCUGCGUGGGAUCUCCAUCAUCAUUGGAACCAUCAUUGGUGCUGGAAUCUUCAUCUCACCCAAGGGCAUCCUACAGAACUCAGGCAGUGUAGGAAUGUCCCUGGUGAUGUGGGUGGCUUGUGGGUUUCUGUCAUUACUGGGUGCUCUGUCCUACGCUGAGCUGGGAACCUGCAUUAAGAAGUCCGGGGGUCACUAUAUCUACAUUCUUGAGGCGUUCGGCCCGCAGAUGGCUUUCGUACGAUUAUGGUCAGAGAUCAUUGCUAUACGACCUGCAGCGACGGCUGUGAUUUCUCUGGCGUUCGGACAAUACAUUUUGGAGCCCAUUUUUAUGCCGUGUGGCGUUCCCGAGUUUGCAAUCAAGCUCGCUACAGCGAUCGGCGUCACGAUGGUUAUGUACAUUAACAGUAUGAGUGUGACCUGGACAGCCAGGCUGCAGAUCUUCCUCACGUUCAGUAAACUUCUCGCCAUGGCCAUCAUCAUCGUUCCUGGAGUCUAUCAGCUGUUCAGAGGUGAGACCAAACACUUCCAGAACGCUUUUCAGGUGGACUCGGUGAAGCUGUCUGACCUUCCUCUGGCUUUCUACUCAGGGAUGUAUGCUUACGCCGGCUGGUUCUACUUGAAUUUUGUCACAGAGGAAGUGGAUCGUCCAGAGAGAACCGUCCCAUUGGCCAUCUGCAUCUCCAUGGUGAUUGUGACCGUAUGCUACACACUGACCAACGUCGCAUAUUACACCGUGAUGUCAGCUGACGAGCUGCUUGCCUCAAGUGCUGUUGCGGUGACCUUUGCUGAAAAAGUUUAUGGAAAUUUCUCCAUUGCAGUUCCCAUCUUCGUGGCUCUUUCCUGUUUUGGUUCUAUGAAUGGAGGCACUUUUGCCAUCUCCAGAAUGUUUUACGUGGCGUCUCGAGAAGGUCAACUUCCCGAAGUUCUGUCUAUGGUCCAUGUUCGCCGUCACACUCCGGUAGCUGCCGUAAUUGUUCUGUACCCCCUCACCAUGCUCCUCCUGUUUUUCGGAGACCUCUACAGCCUGCUGAACUUCAUGAGCUUCCUACGUUGGCUCUUCAUCGGCCUGGUCGUUGUCGGACUCAUCUACAUGCGCUACACGCGACCUGAAAUGCCACGUCCUUUCAAGGUCCCCAUCUUCAUCCCGGUGGUUUUCUCUUUUACCUGCUUCUUCAUGGUCUUCCUAUCGCUCUACUCUGAUCCGGUCAACACAGGGAUUGGCUUCGGCAUCAUGCUCACUGGAAUACCGGCUUACUACAUCUUCAUCGUUUUCGACAGGAAGCCCAAGUGCUUCCACAAACUCUCAGACUUUGUGAACAGAUCCUUACAGAUCAUCUUGGAGGUGGUCCCUGCCGAGAACUGACCUUUCCAGACACCGCUCUUGCAUCACUCGGUCUUUCAUUUUGUCUCCUUAUAGAACAUGCUCCCUUCAUCCUGCUCUCAUUUUCAUUCCUCUUUUAUGUUUUAUAGAAAACAUUCCCCCGAGUGACCGCCUCACAAUUCAUCACUCCGCAAGGGAGGAGUGAAACAGACCUUUCAGUGCUAAAAAAAAGAAACAAACUUUCACUCUCUCGUUUGUCACAAUGCAGUUGUACACGAUAGCUUUUCGCAUUUCAGUCGAGCACUGGAUUAAUUCCUAGGCAUUUUGGAAUAUCAAAUCUUUUGUGAGCGAUUAUGAGUGUAGAGAAAAGACAUAAUAAGUAAAUGUUUGAUAUGCAUUUGGCAGGUUGUGAAAAAAAAUAAGCACUUUUAUUUUCAUUGUUUUUUUACAGAACGGUCUCAUAGAGUCUCACGGUUUAUCUGUGUUUAAGGUUUACAAACAUUCCAAUAGAGUUUUCAUUGAAACUAACGGAACAAUUUAUUUUUUGAAUCACAACUUGUUAACUGGAGAUAGCAUAUGUGCCAUGUGCACUUUUUUGAAUUGGUACAUUCCUAGUAAAAAUGGGUUCCUUUAGGGUACAUCGACUAGUUACUAGCUCAAGCUUUGUCAGGAGGUUCUACGUGAAGUGUUUCAGAGAGAACUUUUAACUUUUCUAAGUUCUACCAAAAGGAAAAACCGGAAGAAUCAUUAAAGAUACUAGCCGAGUCCGUUAUCCAACUCCGACGCCGACCCAAAACCCCAACAUUCCACCCCAACCUGCUACCCAACAAACCCAUCCCAGCCCAUUACCCGACUUCUCACCCCAAACCAUUACCCAACAACUCCACCCAACCCCAUUACCCCAGAACCCCACCAAAACCCAUUACUUAACUUCUCACCUCAACCCAUUACCCAACCACCAGAACUAUAUAUAUCUACAGUACCUAGAACUGUUUAUAGAUCUCAUUAAGGCAGUAUUCACCUUUUAUGUGCCUAAUGUAUAACCAUAUAAUGUGUUGGAUAACCUUUAGAAAGAAUUUCAGAGUGUAACUUGAAACAAUACUCAUAUUUAAUGGAAAAAGAAAAACUUCUAGAGGUUCCUUGAGAAGAACAAACUGAAAAAUGCUUAAAGAAAUCCACCCUACAGUUCCACCUAGGAACUGUAAGAGUGUACCAAACUCUUCAGGACCAGAUCUGGUUCUCAAACUCCAUAUGUUCUGGUGACCUCUCACAGUUUAUCACUGAAAUAAGAAAACACUGGAAUGAAGAGUUCCUAAUAGGUUCUAGUGCACUGUUUAGAAAUAGCUCUAAUGAAUCUAAUUACACUUGUUAUAUAUGGCUCAUACACUGACCGAAAGCAAUAGCAUGCUGCUUAUGGCUACCCCAUUAGCCUAGCUCAGAUGGACAUAAUUAUGUAGAAAAUGAUCGAUCCUACAUGCCCUGCGGCGAAAAGCUGAACUGUACUACUUUCUAACACAGACAUGAUGAAUUGGUACUUAGUCUUAAGAAAAAAAUGCAGUUGCUAGCUUCAGUUGUCUGUACGCUAACUUGUAAUGAGAAAAGCUAAGUCUAAUUCUCGUUCGUUUUAGCUGUGCUAGCAGUCUGAUUGUAUCAUAACCAUUCAUCUUUGACCUCCUGGGUAGUUAUCCUGAUUCUCAGGAGCUAUUUAAGUGUUUUAUACCUCGUAAAGAAAUUCCACACGGCCAUUAUGAUAACUACUGUAGAUCAGGUUGAACAUUUGAUGUAUUGUGCGUUUUACUGUUGUUAGGAUAGUGUGGGAUGAGCAUUUCUGGAAGUCAUCAGAGAUUACGACUAGGACAGUGUUUGGAGAUAAUUGUCUCAACUAGGUUACGUUUAUUCUUUUUUUUUUCUCUCAAACUUAAACAUAAAGACUUGAAACAACUAACAAAAUUUUAGCAUUUUUUUUACUUUAAAUAUAUAUUUAAAGUAAUACAAAAACAUUUUAUUUCCUGUUUAAAAUGUGUAUCCCAGAACAUCGUUUAUACAAAAGUCGAUAAAUUACGUAAAAUCAUUAGUCGAAAAAUAUUAGAUAAAAAUCAGAUCAACAUACAAACAAUCCCAAAAGUCUGACAGCACGAAUAAAAUUGCUUCUAGCAUUUUUUUAACUUAACACAUGAUUUUCGCUAAUAAUAUUAUCAGUCAGGGGGCACGGUGGCUUAGUGAUUAGCACGUUCGCCUCACACCUCCAGGGUCGGGGUUCGAUUCCCACCUCCACCUUGUGUGUGUGGAGUUUGCAUGUUCUCCCUGUGCCUCGAGGGUUUCCUCCGGGUACUCCGGUUUCCUCCCCCGGUCCAAAGACAUGCAUGGUAGGUUGAUUGGCAUCUCUGGAAAAUUGUCCGUAGUGUGUGAUUGUGGGAGCGAAUGAGUGUGUGUGUGUGCCCUGUGAUGGGUUGGCACUCUGUCCAGGAUGUAUCCUGCCUUGAUGCCCGAUGACGCCUGAGAUAGGCACAGGCUCCCCGUGACCCGAGGUAGUUCAGAUAAGCGGUAGAAGAUGAAUGAAUGAAUGAAUAUUAUCAGUGAAAACGUUGGUAAAAACGUCAUUUUAGAAAUACUGACAUGAUUUUUAGAGAUUCUUUGUAAUUGCCAUGCCCCAUUAUCACUUUAACGGUGUGCAUUUGAACCUGAUGAUCCAUGUUAGAUCAAAUCCACCGGCGUUUUGUCAGAGCAUGUGCUUCAAAGGAAGGGAUCAUCCUCACAGAGAAUCUAAAAGAAUUAAAAUUCUCUUAAAUUUUAAAUCAUUUAGAAAUUUUGUUUAACAACUUGAAUACCGAGCAGUCAAGAUUCUAUGCAUUUCCAUAGUUGCUUUAGAUUUCAAAAAAAUCUUUCUAGUUUAAAAUAUAACAAAAUUAAAUUAAAUCUUUUAGACUUAAAUUCAAUUUUGUGUCACUUAAAAUUUUCCUAAAAAAAAAAAAAUUCCUAAUGAAGAAACUUUUCUUAAGUAAUGAUCUGAAUUAGCAGUGCAUCAGGGGCUAAUGUUGAUUUGUAAUCGCAUUAAUUGUUCAGAUCGUGCAGAUCAGAAAUACGAAUUUUUCGGUUGUUAUAUUUUGCUUUAAAGUGAAAAACUGAUUUGAACAUCGAUUUUUUUUUUCCAUAUGAAAAUCGAACGAACGCAAUAACAUAGACUUCUCAACUGCACUAGAAGAAUCGUAACUCUGUUACCGUAUUUUUAAACGAAUGUGAUUUACAAUGCGCACAUUUUGAUAUUGACUAGUGAAGGUUUAAAAACUGUAUUUAAAAACAGUAUUUUAAUAUCUAGAAUUUUCUGUACGAUGUGUAAAAUAUUCUGUUGGAUUAGUUACUGCUGUAAAAAAAAAUUUAUUUUUGGAAGUAGUUCAAUGCACCUGAUACUUACUACGUUAACACUAUUACUUUCAAUUAUUUAAUAAGUUCCUAAGACCUUUAUUAUAUCUCUAUUUUCUAGGUAUUUCUAUUAAUAAUAAUAUUUGUUAUAAUAAUUAUAAGUAUAAUAAUACUCUUGAUGUGUAUUUUCUUAUUUAAAAAAAAUCCUUUUUGUUUUUUCUUGACAUUUUUUUUGUGACAGCAAAUAACUGUGUACAGACUCGUAGAUUUGUAUCCAAGCACUUUUUUUUUUUUUUGUAAUAUUCUACUGCAAGUUGGACAGGAAAUCAAUAUCUCUGAUACACAAGACAGGGAUAUCUGGAUUAGAAUACUGAACAUGUUCUCCAGAGGUUGGAGUUUUGAUAAAAACAGAUGAUGUAAGGCUGGUGAAAGUGCUGCAUCUGGUAAAUGUGUACAAAAUGUAAUUUAAAGAUCUGCUGAAAUGGAUUCUUUUAAAAUGUCAUUUUUUUUUACAUGGUAUUGAAUAUUCUUCUGUUUACACUUUUUGUAUAGUUUCUAGGUU